AUGGGUGGUAUAACAAGUUAUUUAUCCCUGCUAAUCAUAUUGAAUAUUUUUCUAGCUAUAAACAAUUAUUCUUGUGUUAGGGCAAGAUCAAAGAUUCAUGUGCAUGUCAUCAAUGGCUUAACAGCUAACGAUUUGCACGUUCAUUGUUAUUCAAAAGACAAUGAUUUAGGGCAACAUUUACUUGCAGUGUCGGAGCAUUUGGAUUGGAGUUUUAGAACAAGCAUCUUCGGAACCACACGGUUCAGUUGUGAAAUGAACUGGGCUCAGGGUCACGGCGUCUUCAAAGUUUUCUGGCAAGGACCGGGACUUCAACGGAAAUGCGAUUACAAGGACUGUAUUUGGGUUGUUGCUGAUGAUGGUUUGCAUUUGAAGGAUUUUGGCACAAAUAAAUUUGUAUUCAUGUAUCCAUGGGAAAAAUAAUAAUAAUAAUCCUACCUGCCA